AAUAAAAACCAGCCUGGGCUUCUCAGCAUAGCUCUUCGUUUCCCGGCUUCUCAUACCGCCGCACGCAUCAAAAUAAAGACCUUUGAGUUUAACCUCAAAUCUGUUACCAUGUUCAAGCGGCUUGGUAAUAUUUUGACGCAGGGUUUCCCACCGAAGCCUACUUUCACGGAGAACAACUUGGGCGAUCUCUCUGGAAAGGUCGUCGUCGUAACCGGCGGAUACUCCGGCGUGGGAUACCAGCUCUCAAAAAUAUUGUACGCAAAAAACGCAGUCGUCUAUAUCGCAGGGCGCCGCGAAGACGCUGGUCAAGAUGCCAUUAAAUCCAUCAAAGAAGCUUAUCCCGACUCCAAGGGCAGGUUGGAAUUCUUGCUCCUUGAUCUAGCAGAUCUGUCCACUAUUAAAGCCAGCGCGAAUGCCUUCCUGGAAAAGGAAACGAGACUUGACGUUCUUUUCAACAAUGCAGGAAUUAUGCGCUUGCCUAAAAAGGCUCCAACCAGGUCGAAACAGGAUCAUGAAAUAAUGUUGGCUGUUAACUGUUUCGGUCCUUUCCUCUUUACAAGGCUCCUCCAUCCGGUCAUCGAAUCGACUGCCAAAUCUUCACCGGCAGGCAGUGUCCGUGUUGUUUGGCUGGGGUCACUCAUGAUACAAUUAAUGGCGCCAAAGGGUGGCAUAGAUCUCGACAACCUGGACUACAAGAAGAAAUGGUUAGAUGAGUAUACUAGAUACUCGGCCAGCAAGUCCGGAAACCUUUUCAUUAGUAGCGAAUGGGCUAGACGAGAUGCUGGCAAUGGAAUUUUGCAUUUGACUGUCAAUCCUGGUAAUCUCAAAACACCGCUGCAGCGCGACGUGUCUCCGCUUGAAUACUAUUCAAUGUUACCGGUCCUUCAUGAUCCCAUCUACGGUGCAUACUCGGAGCUGUUUGCCGGCCUAUCUCCAGAUGUCAAGCCAGAGCACAGUGGACAAUACGUCAUGCCCUGGGGUCGAUUUGGCCCAACUCGUCCAGAUAUUGACAAGUCUCUGUCUCCACAAAACGGAGAAGACACAUCCAAUGCCGGGAAAUUCUUUGAAUACUGCGAGAACCAGACGAAAUCCUUUGCAUAGGAAUUUUAUGCGGUAUAAAUGAAUUAGUCCGGGCUGGGGGUCGCUUGGCUGGCAUCUGUGCAAGAUAAGGGAAUGCCAGUGGUGAAAGAAGAAUGCUCGAAAUGAUACUUUUUUUUUAUCUGGUGAGAAAAAAUUGAAAAGAC